UCAGACAAGUCUAAACCUUUUUCUUCUCGUUUUUAUAUUCUCCAGAGGAAAAAACCGAAAACUUUACGCCGCAGGAAACGAGGAAGACGGUGUUUCUAGAUUCGCUGCUUCUUCAGAGAAUCAAGAAGAAUCUUUCUGGUUCUAUGGGGAAUAUUCUACCGACUGGGUCUAGGGUUUCUGAGAACGAGGGUUCUGAUGACAACAAAUUGAAGGAGCACGAUGUUAAGAUGGAGAAUGUUAAGGAAGACUCUGAACAAAUUGGAGAUAAUGUGAGGAGUGGGGUUUCUUCAUUGAGAGAUAAUUUUGAAGAAUUAGAAAAUGGGUUUCAUGUGGGAGAUUUUGUUUGGGGAGAAGAAGCCAAUAGUCAACAAUGGUGGCCAGGUCAGAUUUAUGAUUCUUUAGAUGCUUCAGACUUGGCUUUGAAGACAAUGCAGAAAGGUAAAUUACUUGUGGCGUAUUUUGGAGAUGGGAGCUUUUUUGGUUGGUGUAAUCCAUUGGAAUUGAAACCGUUUCUUGAGAAUUUCAAAGAGUUUUCGAAGAUGAGUGAUUCGAGAAGGUUUCUUCUUGCUGUGGAAGAUGCUGUGAGAGAGAUUGGUGAGCAUGUUGAGAAGUUUUUGGUUUGUGAUGACGCUGCUUUAGUUAGUUCUGUAGCUUUGAAUUUGGGGAUUAAGGAUGGUGUUGUUGUGCCUGAUGUUAGAAGAAAGAUUAUAUCGUCUUUGGUUCUUGAAAACCCCGGUGUUGUUCUUGAAGAUGUUAAAAGACUUGCCAUGACGGUUAGAUUUGAUGAUUUGUUAGAGAUUGAGGUUUUGAGGAGGAAGAUAUCGGCGUUUUAUCGGUGUAAAGGAAGGUUUGAUUUAGCUAAGUUUGAUGAACAUCGAUAUAUUAUAGGACUUGAAGACAAAGAGCAUGAAUCUUGUCAGAGAUUAUUGAGAAAGUGUUCAGGUUUUGCUAGCAAAAAGAGGAAAUGUGGUGAUGUAGCAACCACUGGUUCUACUACUUUGAGGAAGAAAAGACUGAGUGAAGUUUCGAAGAUUGAAACCGCUGAGAAAGAAAUUAGUAACGGGAAGAGUUUGUCGUCGAGGAAGAGAAAGAGCAAAAGGGGUUUGGAUGAGAAUGAUGAUGAUGGGAUUGAGAAAAGAGAAGAGUCGAACGACUCAAACCAUUUAGAAGAGAGUGAGAAGAAAGAUGAUUUAGCAACUCCAUUGGCUUCAAUCUGCAAAAGGCUCAAUGUUGAUGUUUCUUCAUGUGUUAAAAGGUGUAAUGGAAAUGGCGAGGCAAUAUUGCAGACAGGUAAAAGAGAGAGGAAGAAAAGCAAGUAUCUUUCUCCUGAAUACAUGACAGAUUUUAGUUGCAGAGCGAGAAAGAUCAAAAUAGAAUCUGCUGAAUCAAGUCAGAUCCAAGUAGCAGUGCGAAUGACAACGCCUAAUACAGCCAUCGAUGUUGUGAAACUGGGAGCUACACCAGAGGAAAUGCUGGCUCUAAUCCGUGCGGCUGCUCUCAAUGCACAAUAUCCAAAAGACUAUAAUAGUACCUCAUGUGACAUGGUAAGAGAGUUUGUGUCCAAUUAUCGAAGCUUCAAUAACAAGAGGAACCUUUCAGAUGUAGAGAAGCAGCCUGAAGUGAAACAGGAAAUAGUGGAUGAGAAAGAGAAAACCAGAAAUGAACCAGGUGUUGAGCUAUAUAUCAAGACUGGUUUUGGUUCUACUCUGCCUUCAAAAGAUGAUUUGAUCAAAACAUACGAAAAGUUUGGAGCUUUAGACAAAGAGAGAAGCUAUAUGUUCAACAAUAACUCAUGCUCAUGCGUUGCCUUUGUGAAUGCAUCUGAUGGAGAAGAAGCUUUUAACAGGUCAUUAGAGAAAUGUCCAUUUGCCACUACUUCCACAGUAACAUUCAAGCUCGAGUAUCCAUCUUCUGCUUCAUCUGAGAAGAAGGAAGCUGAAACAAGAAAGGGCGUAACAGAAAUCGAGUGUUUGAAAGAGAAGCUCGAGGGGAUAAGAGCAUUGUUAGAUCAAUCAGAGGGAAAGAUUACGGAAGAAUUGAAAAUGAAACUUGAAGAUGAAUCAAGAAACUUGCUUGACAAGGUAAGGAAGAUGAUUAUUUGAUCCUCUUAGUUAGUAUUGUUUUUAAUAUUAGUUUAAAGGAAGACUUUUAGCUCUUAGGAGACGAUAGGUGUCAAAACCUGUGAGUGAGACUAUUUUGUGCAGACAAAACACAAAAGCUUGUAACGUGAUAAAUUUCAAGGCCCAAUGGGCUUUUGAUCUGAACCUUUAUGGAAUAGCUGGAUUUUUCUGUUUUUCUCUUGUCGGCGAGAAUAUAAACCUAAAGAGGGUAACCCGGUA